CUCCAUGAUCCUUUUCCGUAAACAAUUCAAAAGAGAGUUGCUGUUAUGGUUGUAGCCAAAUAAAUACUAUCAAUAGGCUAUAAAGAGGUAGUUGAAGUUCGCCAUUAACCAUUUUGAUGUAUUUUAUACUGUAUAUAAUCUGUAUAGCAACAUGUCAUUGUUUGAUCGAAAAGGAUGAGAAGAAUGAGAACCAUUGUGGUCUUCUGAAGCAGUGGCUAGGAUCCUCAUCAGUGUCCGUGGAGAUCAGUAAAAAGGGUUUCCACAGGGAGGUGAUAACCACUGUUGAGCUCAGCCCUAAUGUGCUCAGUGGUGUCAGAGUUUUGCUGGUUUAUACAUGGCCCAGAGGUGUCUACAUCGAUCCAUACCAACUUGCAUCCAUGAGGGAUCAAAGUGAUUGGCAGAUAUUAAUAGAUUCAGCAAUUGACCUAGAGGUGCCUGCACACAAGACUUCAGGAUUUGUGAGUUAUGUGUAUCCCUCCCCUGAUGGUCCAACCCCCAGACUGCUAAAAGUAACAAUUCCAAUACAUGGCCGCUACCAUGAGCCCUCUUCUGAUGGGGAAUUAUUUACAUCUGUUGACAUACAACCUCCAGAGCUGCUGCUGCGGACUGAAAAAUGUUUGCAGUUCAACAACUUAGAGCCCCACACUGUCGUGGAUGCCCCCUGCACUGUUAACAAUUCCAGCAUGUGUCCAUGGGUUAAAAUUCAGAGUCAGCAGGAGCAUGGCCCCAUGAGUUUACAGUUCCCAGUUGGUGACAGGUUUUUGAUGAUACCUGUAUGCGGUGGAACUCUUCUAGUCACAAUGAUCUGCUGUGUGGCGCUAUCCAAAUACAUGUGGAAGCAUAAAAUUAUUUAGUGAUGGUCAACAUACCUUGUGCUAAAUGAUUUAUAAUCUUACGAUUGUACAGUUUUGUCUGAUACAACACUAAAAGGCUAUAAAACAAGAAUACCACACAGACAUAAACAGAAAAAAAGGUCAGGUAUAGAUGAAUAAUUUGAAAUGAGAAAUGCAUCAAACAUGUUAUCUUCUUAGGUGACACAAACAGAGACCAGUUUUUGGAAUUUGAUUGGUUCCAAGUUUUAUUCUGCAAAAUAAACUAGAUAAACUACUUUACCUGCUAUAUGAAACAGGCCUCAGUUACUCUGAGUAAACAUGUUUGUUGUGGUUACUCCUCUACUUUUUUAUGUGAGAAUUCCUCACAUCACACCUUGGCUCAGAUGGAGGAACAUAGCCCAGGGCAUACUGGAAAAUGACAUUUGCUUAUUUACUCAGUUUGAAGCACACAAUAAGAAUGUGGUAUAGUCAUCAAACAUGUUUGUAGGAAGCUCUUUAUCCAAAUUGCAAACAGUAUUUAAAAAUCCAAAUGAUAAAAAGCAAAGACCUACUUUCUUGCUCUCUUUUGUGUGCUCUGUGGUGGUUUGUAACUUGGUGGACUAAAUGCAAUUUCUCAUCUGAUUGUAUGUUGACAAAGUUUUGUUCUGUUGUGUUCUACCUCUGUUCUGUUUUUUAAAAAAAAAGGUUUUAGUAAAAUCCUUUAUUCUGAAACUCUGUAUUACACGGCUGAAUAUUGCAGACUGUGUACAUGAAACUGCUGUAAAUAAAUAAAACAUGUCUAGCCAGUAUUAACAUUCA